AUGAUAGAGUGGAGUGGCAGCCAUGGUCCAGUUGCAGGAGAGGAGUCAGAAGAGCGCAUCUGUCCCAUUUGCCAGGAGGCCUUAAAGGAGAGAGUGAGCACUGACUGUGGACACCUUUUCUGUCGAGCAUGCCUGGCACAACAUGUUAAGACCUCAACCUCUGAACUCUGCUGUCCUACUUGCCGGAAGCCCUGUACUGAGGGAGUUCUAGGGACAAGUUAUGUCUGCCAAAAUCACCUAAAGAGACUGUGCUACUUUUGUGAGGAGAGGCAACUUCUUCUGUGUGAAGAAUGUAAGAAAUCCCCUGAUCAUAAUUUUCAUGAAGAGCUGACCAUUGAAAAGGCCAUGCACCACUAUAAGGAACGAUUCAAUCGCAUGAUCAAGAAGUUAAAAAAGACCAUCAGAAAUUUCAAACGUAGGACUCUGAAAGAAAAGAACAAGAAAUGUCAUGCUAUGCAGGAGAGCCCAAACCGAAGCAAGAGACAGCUUGAUGACUUUUUUCAGAAGCACCAAGAUCAGCUGGAGGACAGCCCAGCAGAAGGGCCAAGAAUCCUUGAUACAGCCAACAGCAUGAUGACUACACUGCAGAAGAUGGUCAAGGAAAUGGAUAUGAGCAAGCUAAAAAUUUAG